GUCAAACUUUAACAUGAUUCGUAAAUAUACAUUAUUUAUAUGAGUUAUAUAACACGUCCUACUGUAAGUCACAUGCCAACAAAAGCAAUUUCCCGUCGUUCAAUUAACGAGUUGUUUUAUCACUCUUUGGAAUUAGCUGCCGUGCUGACUGAUAUUACCUCAUUUACUGAUACUAUUUUCUGCAAUGUGGCUGGGGUAUCGGAGAUGUAAUAUAGCGCUAGGUUGAGCUGUUUAUCGAUGGAACUGGAAUAUUGAACGGGGUUCUGGCAGUAGAACUCUGGAGAAUAUUGAUCGCGUAAUAUGUGAGGAAGAAUUAUAAGUAAGUGGAACCUAAAAGAAUUCUCCAAAUGGAAGGCGGCCUCAUCAAACCGGCGCUCUGUGCUUGCUGUAUUACAAAAAACUAGGAUUUAUCUGGGGUCUCGAUCGUGUUCUUUAUGAUGGUUUAUCGUGAGUGUUUAGCAUAGUUGAGUCAUCGCAGACUCCAUCAGAUGCUGAUGCGCCGUGAUUGAAAUAAUUCUUACCCAAAUGGAAGGAUUGUUUACGCGUUGAACACAAGCCUAGGCCUACUACUACUAGGACUCUCAUCAUCACAAACUUCCAAGCCCAUUGAGGGUUAGCUUUAUAUUAAUAUGGGUAACGAAGAAAGUCACGGAAUGGAAGGAGGCGGUGAGGGUAUGUCUGGUGCGGGGUCAGGAACGGGAUACCCAACUGCUGGAAGCUUCAGCGAACGACCUGGGCCUGGCUCCAGUUUUGCAGGAAGUGUUGGAGGAGGGGAUAGAACACCCGCAUCGGAACAUCCUUCUGAACACCGCUCUAUAAGUCAGUAUUCCAUGGGUUCUCGGCGCUCAUCUGCUGGUUCAUCGAUAGGAUUUGUGGGCAUAGGGGCACCUGACCCCGAUAUGAGUCAUCUAAGUGAAGACGAGAAGUCUCAGAUCGCUGCCGUAAUAGCAAGGGCCAGAGAAAUGCAAGAACUGGAGGAGCAAAGAGUAAGGGAGAUUAACGAAAACUAUGGCGAUGACUUCGACAGCCCUCUGCAGACACUUGCAACGUUAGAAAAAGCUAAUAUGGCCCUACAUGCGAAUGAGACGUACAGGUGCCCCAUAUGUCAGACCACUGAGCUGCGGGAGGAUGAAGAAGGCAGGAGAAACGAUCAAAAUGUUUGUGUGUCAUGCGAGAUUCUCGUUUGUUCAGACUGUGGGUCGUUUGAUCAGUCAAAAAGCACAAAGCUCCAAGAGUGGCUGUGCCACAGAUGUAGAAAAGAGAGGUACCUGAAGACUGAGCGAGAGCAGAACGCGAGGACACACCAGGAACAAGUGCAGAGUAAGGAGUGCGAUGAAGGAGGUUUAUCUCAAUUUGGUAGUCCCAAAAAGUCUUCAAAAAGAGGUAGUAAACCCGGGAAACUCGAACGUACUUCUUCAAUGCCGGAACAAGAUGAUACACCACCUUCUGGUCAAGAUAAGUCACAAGGGGGACGGUAUGGUUCAGUCCCUUGUGACCUUGAGGACCGUUACUAUGAAUAUGACGAAGAGGAAGAGACAAGGCAAAGACAGGAUAGGGCUCAAUCUGAAGAGCGGUUUAGCGAAAAACAUGCGGACAAAAGUGAGUACUUUGUUCGUAAUCAGGAAAAACAAAAACGAUUAUUGGAAGAGCAAAAGUUUCAAGAAGAGGAGAGGAGGUACUUACAAGAACAGAAGAGAUAUCAAGAGGAACAGAAACGCCAAAGACAAGAACAAAAACGACUGAGUGAUAAAAAGCAGCGUCUAGAAGAAGAAAGCAAACAAAGGGAGUUAGAGCUAAAACAAAAACAAGAUGAAAUAGAACAAAAACGUAAAGAACAUGAAUCAAAACAUAGAGAGAAACGUCGAGAGCAAGAACAACAGAUCCUUCAACUUGAACAACAAAAACUAGAACGCCAACAAAAACUCAAACAGGAAGAAGAGCGUAUUAAAAGGGAACAAUUAGCAUUCGGAGAACAAUACAAAAUGGCACUAGAAGAUUGGGAAAAAUCUGAAAAUGAGAUCCUGACUCAGAUGAAAUUGAGACGUGAAAAAAGUGAAGAGGAUCUUUUACAAAGAGAAGAACAAGAAGACAAAGAGCAUCAUCGCAAAAAUAAAGAAAUGAAAGAAAAGUUAAAACAGGAAAAAGAAAAAUUAGAGAAGCUACAUGAAGAAACGAGAGCUUGUUUGGAAAAUGAAUUAAAACAAAUUGAAGAAAGGAAUAACACGAGAAAUGAAAAAGUUCAUAAAGCUAGAAAUGAAAGGGAGAGAAAAGACGAACUUUACCUUGAGGGACUAAAGAAAGAUCGCCACAAGCGUCAAGUGAAAAGAGAACAGGAGCAAAAUAAACGUAUUGAAGAAGGUAGAAAGAAUAAGAUUGAAGCAGAAACUAUAAGGAAAGAAAAAGAGGACAUUGAGAAACAACGACGAAUUGAAGAGGAAAAAGACAACAAAUGGAAACAACUAGAGGAACAGUUCAACGAGAUAAAACAGAAACGGCUUAAAGAUAUUGAAAAGUUCCAAGAAGCAAAACAGGAAAGGUGCCAACGAUUAAUCCACCAACAACAGCAGGAGAAGCAAGCAAUCCAGGAGCAGUUAGAGAUGGAACGUAAAAUGCAACAAAGAAAACCGAUGAACCAGAUGACAAGGGAAAGGGAACGCCAACGCCAACAAGAAGAGGAAGACAUGAUGAUGUUACGGCACACCCAACAAAUGAUUCAACUCCAGGCGGGAGAUGAGGAAGAGGAAAAGGAACUAUUGAAACAGAAAGCUAAGGAAGAUGAACAGUGGGAGAUGAUGGAAAGACAAUAUAAACUACAGCUUGGGGAGAGAAAGAAAAAAGAAGAGAGCUGGAGAAAACUAGAAGGUGAACAUGAAAAUAUUAUUUUGAAGCAUGAAAAAAGUAAAACUGCUCGGCUUCAGCAGGAACAAAAUGCAGUAAAAGCCCAACAAGAUGAUGAAAAACAUUGGAUAGAUGUCAAUAAGCGCCUUGCAAAUGCAAGAGAGCAGCAAAAACUGCAAGACCAAGAGGAAGAUAUCAAAUGGAAUGCGCAAAUACAAAAAGAAAGGGAACAACUUAUUCACAAAACACAGCUCCAUAAGCAAGAAGAGGAAAAACAAAAGAAACAUUUAAAGAGAAAGGAAGAGGAGGAAAUAUACAGAAGAAAGCAGGAAUCAGACCAUCGCAAGAACAAACAAAAACAAACAAGAGAAGACAGAAAAGCAAGACAUGAGGCUGAAGAUGAACAAUACACUAAAAUGAAACAAGAAAGGAAAAUCGCAAGAGAACAAAAACAAAGUGAUGAACUUUCUAAAAGGCGUCAAGCGGAAAUACAUAGAAAAUUAGCAUUUGAACAGGAAGAACAGGAAAUUCAAAAUCAAAUUAAACUAAAGAGAGAGCAAGAGGAAAAAUUAAAACGAGAUGAACUGGAACUAGAAAAAAGGCACAAAGAGGAGGAAAUUAGACUAAGACAGGAAAAGGAAGAACAAAGACGACGUCAAAAAGAAGAACAGAAGAGGCUACAACAACUUGAGGAAGAACAUCAAAAGAAACUUGCAAAUGAAGAACAAAGACAGAAGCAACAAGAAGAACACUGGAAACAUGAACAAGAGCGGAUGAGGAAGCAACGGGAUGAAGAGGAAAAGAGAAUAAAACAAAGGGAAGAAGAGAGAAGGAAAUAUUUACAAGAAGAGGAAAGUAGGAGAAAAUUGAAAGAAGAGGAAGAAAAGAAGAGAAAAGAGAAAGAAUUACAGAAACAGCAGGAGUUACAGAAACAGAAAGAGUUACAAAAACAGCAAGAGUUACAAAAACAAAAAGAGUUACAUAGACAGCAAGAGUUACAAAAGCAAAAAGAGUUACAGAGACAACAAGAGUUACAAAAGCAAAAAGAGUUACAGAGACAGCAAGAGGUACAAAAACAAAAAGAAUUGCAGAGACAGCAAGAGUUACAAAAGCAAAAAGAAUUACAUAGACAGCAAGAGUUACAAAAACAAAAGGAGUUAGAGAAACAAAAAGAGUUACACAAGAAAGACCUAAACAAACAAGAACAAGAAAAACUGUUAAAACAAAAGGAAGAAAAGGAAAGGGAAAAGCAAAAUGAGGAUCAGUUGAAACGCAAGAGGGUAGAAGAAGAACAUGUAAAUGGUAGUAAGCAAGAAAAAGAGUAUAAACGUCAAUUAGAACUUCUUGAAAGACACGAUCCGAGUCUUAGUCCAAUAUCACAUGGGAGCGACACCCUCAAGGAAAUAAAUGACGAACAUGUAAGAUCAGAUGAGCAGUCAAAGCGAAUGUUACAUCGACCACAAUCUCUGGUGUUAUCAAGACAACACAGUAGUGACGAGGGGGAUGAGGAAACCCUAGAUACUCAUAGUCAGUCUUCCGAUUCUGACAGAAGCGGCAAACGACUUUCAAAAUCAGACCAGGAGAUAUAUAAACUAGAUAAAAAAGAAAACCAUGCCGUUAAAAAAGUAAAGUCAGAUGAUCUAGACUUCGAUAGAAGUCACAGUCCACCGUCUUCAAGAACAAGCCCUAGAACUCCACCAAGGAGUCCAAGAAUGAGAUUUAGAGAAAGCCCACCUAGAAGUCCAAAAACAAAAGAAACAUUCUCAGCAUUGAGGGGUUGUGUUUCACCACCCGUUUCCCCGAGAGAUUCUCGUUUUCCAUCAUCAUAUACUGACAUAUCACCGCCAUCCAGGCCCCUUUCAAGAGAAGACAUGUUCAUUGAUGGUUUCAAUUCACCUAGAAGCUGUGAAAGUAGGUCUCCAAUAUCCCCCCAGUUCCUUGAUGUUGAUCAUCAAAUACCCGAGAGAAAAUCUGAAGAGAAGGUGUACGAUCAGACUACUAAGAAUCAAACUGGUGUUGGAGAAAAAAAUGCAAAACAUCUUUUACCAACAGAUACAAUGGACAUCGCAUCGUACGCAGCGUCCAUUGCAAGUGAUACUAACUAUCUUACUAACUUGAGCGUCUCACCAACAAAUCUUCAGGUUUCUCAAGAUGAACAUAAUUAUCUUGAGGUUUCACCAGAAUCAAAUAGUCCACAUGCUGAUAGCGUCUCGCCACCAUCUCCUCAAUAUUAUGACCAAGAGGAUGCGGAACACCAGGAUGAUGGAAACUACCCAGAUCCUUCUCAGAAAUCCAUAGACCAAGGCGAAAAACGUCAGAAGGUUAAGCCUCCUACAAACCAAAAUGACUGGUCUCCAAUCACUGACCUGUCACCCAUAUUAGAUGUCUCACCCUCUGUUGAAGCUGCAGCACAGGAAGAUAUGCUAGCUCAGCAAGAGGGUCGUAUACCGAGAUCACCAGCAUCAACUUCAAUUGACAAAUUAAAUCAAUGUCUUCCACCCGAAGAAAUCCACAUGAACUCACCACUAAAACGAUACAAGAAAGUAUUAGAUAUGAGUCAUCUUGAAGAAAAAGAACAGAACAGGAAGUGCAUGUAUAUGGGUUCGAUUGGGGAUGAUGACCUAGCUAAAGGAGAUGAUAGUCAUGAGGAUGAUGAAGCGACGGACCAGAAACAACAACCUAGAACAUACGACCCUUCCAUGGAAGGCGAAGAUGAUGACGAUGAAUUCGUUUUGAUUCAUGUUAACAAUUCUGACCUUCAAACACAAUCCAAGGUCAUUGAGCAGGGCAAUUCCAUCGGAAAACUUAGCACGUCACCUGGGAAUAAAUCAAAGUCAACACCUGAAUCAACUAAGAAAGUAAAACGAACCUUGCCACAACCAACUCCCGAGAUUUUAGCCACAGAGAUUGAUUUUAAAAAGAAGCCUGUCAUUAAACCCAGACCAAAUGUCUCAAUGGAACCAAAAGCACAGCACAUUUUGAGAGGUGAACAAAAAACUAAGGUUAAACGUGAUAUUGUAAAAACAGCCAAUAAACCUACAAGGGAGUACGCUGCACAAACAGUACAAACAAUGCCUAGUAAGUCUAAAUAUGACACGAGGGGAUCACCUGAAAGAAGAGAUAAAUCAGCAUCCCCAGUACGCAGACUCAAGGAUUUAAAAGCCCAACCACACCCCGAUCGUUUAAAACACAUAGAAGCAGAAGAAGCUCCUAAUACCUCCCCUUAUAAGAAACUCCUUACCUCUCCUCUCGAGCCACAUGCAAGUGACACAUAUAAGAAAGACUACAGUCAGAGAAAGCAUGACAGCCACGAAGAACCAUAUGGCUAUCCAUCUCCAGUCACACCCCCUGAUUCCGAGGAUUCCCCACCUAAAGCGCACUCGCCAACUUAUAAACCGACACAGUCGACUGUUUCGGUAAGGCAACGGAAGUCUCAAUGGGAGAAAAAGGAACCCGAAAAGGAAAAAUCCAGUCCAAGUCCAAAGGACACUCCAAAAAAGAUCAGGAGAAAACUUCCACCACUGCCUCCCGACGCAGACGAAAAUGACCCUCCUCCAUUGCCCUCAAGGAGAAUCACUCCUCCACCUAAGCAACAACCACAAAAAAGAGAUGGUACGCCUCCGAUGGAUCUAAAAAACAAAAUAACAAAGAAUGGCAGGGUAGAUCGUGUAGAGAGUAUUAAAACAUUAUCACGAGUGGCCAGUGACAGUGACGAAGAGGUAGUUGAGAUUACGCUACAAGGUAAAGACAAACCUCAUGUUGAGAAAAUUGAAAUCAGAAAAGCUAGAGAUAAACCUAAAUUACCGCCAAAACCAAAGCAAGAGGAGAUUGUAAAUAUUCACGGAGUAAAGGUCCCCCUUCCAAUGAAGAGAGUAAGACAUCGAUUAACAGAAGAAAUGAAAAUUGUGACCAUGUCAAGAAAAAUGCAAUUGGAAGAAUUAGAGGAAAUACAAAAACUGGAAGCAAAACUAGAGAGCUUAAGGCUUGCUGAAAAAGAACAAAAAGAAACUCUAGAAAGGUAUGAAAAGGAGCUGGAUAAAAAACGAGUUGAACAAAAUUUAAUUCGACCGAUUGCUCAAGAAACACAGGAAGAAAUAUCGCCCAUUCUCGACAUAUCUGAUGUAUUAUCCCAAUCGGGUGACGCAGCACCUCCACGUCCUCCUAGAGCUGAUAUUUCCAAAGGUAAAACAAUACCCGGUAUCCCACCAACGAUACGUGUUUCACCCCAAGCGUCACCCAGGAGAACAAGACAUAAGCGCCAAAAUUCAGACCCAAUGGUUGCCAAAUUCUCACCAAUUGAAGAGGCAAAGGAUAUUGAGAAUGAUAUCAAUCUGCACUUGAUAGACCAUGCACCUCCACUGCCACCAAGAUCUAAUAAUAUAUACAUACCAGGCACAACUACUACCUAUUCCCCUGGGUCAACCGUUACACCAGUCACAUCACCACAGAAAAAGAGCCAUACGCUUCUAUCUAAAUCCAGCGAGGUCCUGAAUGCAAGGCCAUAUCAGAAACAGAACGAUCAAUUUCUCACUUCCAGUAAAUCUGAGAUGUUUCUCCGAACACCACCAAGUGUCCGCCGGGAUAUACCGAAAGAUCCCGAGAGCCUGAGAAAACAAGAGAUGAAACUGAAUCUCCAACUAGAGAUAGAAAAGAGGAAAAUUAAAAUGGAUGAAGCAAGGAGACUUCAACAUGAACUUAGGAGAUUAUGCAACGCUCCUGACGUCACAUUAGACGAGUUUGAAGAGGUAAGGAAGAAAUACCAGGACCACAUUCAGAGUAGGGAUGCUACAACCCCUUAUGAUAACGUCCCAAGUGGGAUAAUUCGACCCAUAGACUUUGAAAUUGACUCCUACACUUGGGAAUAUUCUCAGAAGGAGUAUGCAGCCUAUAAAGAAAUGGAACGACAACGGGAAAUGGAAUUAAACGAGCACAGUAGUUAUGACAGUGAUAAUUUUAGCUCCUCAGAAUACAUAGCUCAUAAAAUUAUAGAUAAUAGACACGACUAUGUUAAUAUGAAUAUAUCUAGCUCUGGAGAGGGUCUAGAUUUUGCAACAGGAAAUUAUCCAUUAACUUCCAAAGAAUACCAGGAACAUAAAAUGUCACAACAAAAUAUGCAAAGACAAAAUAACUAUGUUAAUAUUAAUGCCUUCCCACAUCAACUUGAUUACACCAAUCGCAGUCAGCCUGAAAAUGCCAACUAUGUAAAUAUUAAUAUUCCUUCGAAACACGACUAUGUCAACUUGCAUAUUAAAUCUAAACAUGAUUAUGUCAAUAUAAAUGACCUUACCAGUCCUUCCAAUUUCCCCAUUUACGAAAAUGUCAACAAAAUGGCUUCCCAUUGCAAUAGUAGAAAGAUCAAUCAAACUACUGAGAGGUCCACACAGAGUAGGGAUUCUGGCGUCUCCAGUGGGACCAAUGUUACAGCGUCUGAUUCCCCUCAACAUAAAUCGGAUAUUGAUUUGUCUCAGCCAUUUGAAGGCUUCUCGGACUAUUCACCUGUACCCACAGACCCCGAAAUCAGUCCACCAAGUGAUGUUACGCCCGCGAUGCCUUUACUUGAUGACGUCACUGUUAAGUCGAGAAAGAUCCUCCAUGGUAUAGGAAGUAGGCCUUUAAGUGGUGACAUGGAAACUUAUAUAGAUGGAGAAAUGCUGCAACAAAUUUCGAUGCCAAGAACGCCCAGUGACACUAACGUAAGAGACGAGGACGGUCAAACAAUGGACGCCGUGGAGUUUGAAGGAGAAGGAAUCCUCAAACAGCUGGAGAAAAAACAGCAGGCUCUCUCUCCAAAGCCCAUUCGUUAUGACUUCCCAACGAAGAGAAUCUUGCUCACAAAGGACCCCAAAGACAAAUCUGUUAGAGGUAAUGGAUGUGGUAUGAAAAUAGUUGGUGGUAAAGCCCUGUACGAUGGGGAUGGUGCUACCGGUGCUUAUGUAGCUGCAAUAUACCCAGGAGGUAUAGCUGACCAGCUGAGAGGAGAACUCCAUGAAGGCGAUCAGAUAUUAGAGUGGAACGGAAUAUAUCUGACGAAUCUCACCUAUGAAGAAGUCCAAGCGGUAGUAAGCCAACCAGGGAGCGAAGUUGAAAUUGUAGUCAGACCCGGUGCGUUGAUGAAUGACCAGCACUCCAGUUCCUGUACCCUUAGAUCAGAUAGUAUCCAUUCAUCCUAUGACAACCUAGACAAUCCUGAUUAUGCCUGGGAUGACUACGAUAAAUACCUGGAUUCAACAAACGGUGUGGACCCCAAAGAGUUAGCUGCCCACCUGGUGCAAAUGCAGGAACGAGUUUCUCCCGGAGUUUCACCAAAUUCCUCCCCUAUAGAGUCUCAGUCGACCCCAGGGAAUGCAUCCUCAGCCACAUCUGCAAAUGGCUCGGUUUCAAGCCCUGCAAGUGCCUUGCAACCAACGGGCACCGUUUCAGCACCCUCUAAUACAGCCUCUUCUUCUUACAAAACAACUAAGCCCACCGCAUCCCAGAUUCCCACCCCAACCCCUACUCCAGUUCCCAAGUCCAACACUAGCACACCACCGCCACCGCAAAGUAACGUUUUAAAGACCAUAGUGCCUGAAACAAAGAAAGAUGUUGGUGAAAUUCAGCUACAACUUAGUUACGAUGAUUAUGACAAUAGUUUGAAUGUACACGUUAUAAGAGCAAGGAAUCUGCCACCCAAAGAUGCCAAUGGUUUAGCCGACCCUUAUGUUAAAGUUUAUUUGCUACCUGGAAGAAACAAUGACCACAAACGACGCACUAAGGUCAUACCCUGCACGUUAGAACCGGACUGGCAACAGACAAUGGUUUUUAUGGAUGCUCCAAAACAUACUUUGAAAAACAGAAGCCUAGAAUUCUCUGUUUGGGAUCACGAUAAAUUGAGUGCAAAUGACUUCAUGGGUGUCGUAAUUGUUGAGUUAAAAGAUAAAAAGGUACUGGACAACAAACCAAAAUGGUAUAAAUUAUCUGAUCAAAAGAGCAUUAUUAGAUCUGAUGCCAUGUCUCCUACAAGCAAUGAUUCAGGGGGUUCCUCCAACAAUACCAGCAACGGCAAAGUUGAUAAGGAUAAACAUGACAAAGAAAAUUACCAAUCUAGAGGGAGGAGCCCUGCCAGAAACAAAACUUCAAAGCAGGCUAAAUCAAGGGAUACCUCACGAGAUAAAACGUUAGACACACCCUCUCCAAAGAAGCAACAUUUCAGUCCUGGCCUUGGAAGACGGCAGCCUGUCAGUGGCAAUUCAAAUA